UUCCUCAGAUUAUUUGUCGAAAUCUAAUAUCAAUGGCCGGAGGAGGGACUGAAGCUUUUCCUGAUUUGGGAAAACAUUGCCAGUUUUCAGGUUGUCAUCAAUUAGAUUUUCUUCCUUUCAAAUGCCAAGCAUGCCUUAAGGUGUUUUGUUUGGAACAUAAAUCAUGUAAGUCUCACGAUUGUCCGAAACCGGAACAUAACAACAGGAAGCUGAUCAUAUGCGAAAUCUGUUCGACGUCCGUGGAGAUUACGGGCAAAGAAGAUCAAGAGAAGAUUAUAUUGGAAAAACAUGACAAGUCAGGGGAUUGUGAUCCAAGGAAGAAGAAGAAACCAACUUGCCCUGUUAGAAGGUGUAAAGAGAUAUUGACAUUCUCUAACAGAACCGUUUGCAAGACAUGUCGAUUGGAGGUUUGUUUGAAACACAGGUUUCCAGCCGAUCACGCUUGCAAACAGGCUUCCUCCUCAGCUCCGGAAGCAACUAGCGGCGGUUGGAACAAGAAGUUCUUCGCGGCGUUUAGUUCAAGAAAUGCGAAGGAUUGUGGCAAGAGUGGGUGGCCUUCAUCAACAACUACUCCAUCUUUAAAGGCCUAUUAGGACUUUCAUGCUUUUUCUCUUUUAUUUUCUGUACAAACGUAUAGAUUGAAAA